AUGGCAGACACGGUCGACGACAACCGGGACCCUCCUCCACCCUACGAGACCAUCUCUCCCAGCGGUCCCGACACAGCAGAAGACACAUCUCCCUCAUAUGUUUUGCCCUCUUCCGCCGCACCUCUUCCAGAAGUCUCCGCUACCAAUGACGGACGCGUGGACGUCCAAGUAGGACAAAGAUUCAGCCGGAACGUGGAAUGGCUGAUGCGCCGCAGCAGCACCCGCCAACCAGAUCACGAACCUGGAUCAUCCAGAACCCGUCCACGCCCAGAAUGGACCAUAAAACUCAACAUCGUCAUCCAAGUCGUCGGCAGCCGCGGCGACGUGCAACCUUUUGUUGCGCUCGGCACAGAACUCCAAAAGCACGGCCACCGCGUCCGACUAGCCACACAUUCCACCUUCGAAAACUUUGUCACGAGCACCGGUCUCGAGUUCUAUCCGCUUGGUGGCGAUCCCGCCGAGCUAAUGUCCUACAUGGUCCGCAACCCGGGUCUAAUUCCCAGCAUGAAAAGCCUGCGGGCAGGCGACAUCCAAAAGAAACGCUCCAUCAUCGCAAACAUCCUUCAUGGCUGCUGGCAGUCAUGCAUUGAGCCUGAUCCGCAUUCCGGGAAACCGUUUGUGGCAGAUGCGAUUAUCGCGAAUCCGCCUAGUUUCGCACAUGUGCAUUGUGCGCAGGCGCUGAGUGUUCCUGUUCAUCUUAUGUUUACAAUGCCAUGGACGAGUACCAGGGAAUUUCCGCAUCCGUUGGCGAAUUUGAGGUAUACGGGGAGUGAUCCAAGUUUGGGGAAUCUGAUCUCGUAUCAUUUUGUCGAGUGGAUGACUUGGCAGGGUCUAGCAGAUUUGAUCAACGGCUGGCGUAAGAAUGUCCUUGAACUGGAGCCUGUACCAGCUACAGAAGGCCCGAAUCUUGCGGAGACACUGCAGGUGCCAUUUACAUACUGCUGGUCCCCAGCGUUGGUUGCAAAGCCACCUGAUUGGGGGUCCCAUAUAGAUAUUUGUGGCUUCUUCUUCCGAGAACCGCCAGCUUACGACCCACGAGCAGACCUCGUCGAAUUCCUUAACGCUGGUGAUGCUCCGAUCUACAUAGGCUUUGGAAGCAUCGUGGUCGAAGAUCCGGAGGAAAUGUUGUCUAUUCUACUACAAGCAGUUAAAAUGUCCGGAGUGCGAGCUAUCAUUUCCCGCGGAUGGUCUAACUUCGAAGCACCUGGGAAUUCGAGCCUUCAUUUCCUCGGAGACUGUCCUCACGAGUGGCUGUUUCAGCAUGUGGCUGCUGUAGUGCAUCAUGGUGGUGCUGGUACGACCGCUUGUGGGUUGCGGUAUGGGAAGCCUACCACGAUUGUUCCGUUUUUUGGAGAUCAAGCGUUCUGGGGAAGCAUAGUCGCUUCCGCCGGUGUAGGACCGGAUCCAAUUCCGCAGAAGUCCCUCACCGCAGAGAAACUUGCAGAUGCUAUUCAAUUCUGUCUAACCCCCUCUGCUGCCACUGCAGCAAAGGACCUGGCUAGGAAGAUGAAUCGGGAAUCUGGAGCCCGCGCUGCAGUCGAUUCAUUCCAUGCUCAUCUUCCCCGGGGGGAGAUGCAAUGCGAUAUCCUUCCGGAUCAACCUGCAGUCUGGAGACUAAAACGAGGAAAAACAACAGUACGAUUAUCAAAGCUGGCUGCGUAUGCCUUAGUACGUGAGGGACGUCUUCAGAGGAAGCAUUUGAAGCGUCUCGAAACAAAGCCCAUCGUUAUCGACAUCCGACGGUGGGACCCAUUGACAGCCAUCUCCUCGGCCUCACUAUCAACAAUGACCGGCAUGGCAGACGCCACAGCAGGCAUAAUCCUCGACCCAUACCGCGAAUACAAACGCCAUCGAUCAAGAUCAAACUCAGCAGAAGCCCCCACAUCAGCCAUAUUCGAACAAUCAUCCACCCCUAACCGAGACCUAACCCAUACCCGCCAAAUGCUCCUCCUCUCCCUCACCAGCCUCGGCAAAUUCCUCGGCCGCGCCUCCCGCGGCGCCCUCCUCGACCUCCCCCUCGCCGCAACAGAAGGCAUGCGCUCUCUCCCGCGUCUCUACGGCGACCCCGUCAAACACCACAACCCGAUAACAUCCCUCGAGACCGGCGCAGCCGUCGCCUGGUCUACCUUCACACACGGCGUCUACGAGGGUGUCACAGAUAUUUUUGUACAUACGUACCGUUCAAAGAAGGAGCAGGGCGCGGUGGGCGUUGCGAAGGGGUUGACGAAGGGGCUUGUUGGUUUGACGAUGAAGACGGGGAGCGCGACGAUAGGGUUGGUUGUGUAUCCGAGUCAGGGUGUUUAUCGAGGUUUGAGAAGGUCUGUGAGGAAGGGGGUUGAGAAGAAGGUUGAGGAGGGUAGGUGGGUUGAGGGGGAGGAUAUCAUGCGGAGGGGGGAUUGGGAUGGGGAGAGGGUUUGUGGGGUAUUGGAUGAGAUAAUGUGUUCGAGGGAGAUAUAG